GAACCCUUUCGCCUUCUUGACCGUGCCGUCGUCCUCUCUUUCUCCGCACACCAACAGCAAAGCAAUCCCACAUUGCGGUGGUGGUAGGGGAGAGAAAAAUUCGAGCGGAUUCGCCAGGUACAGCCCGAGGGGAUUCGUGGAGGAGGCGGGUCAUGGUGGAGGGGAUGGCGGCCGAGAGGCAGCUGGUGGUUGUCGUGGAGGGGACGGCAGCGCUGGGGCCGUACUGGCACACCAUCGCGGCCGAGUACGUCGAGAAGAUCGUUCGGAGCUUUUGUGCAGCUCAACUGUCAGGGCAGAAGCUUGCAGGGGUACCGCCCGAGCUUGCAUUAGUUGUCUUCCAUACCCAUGGACCCUACAGUGCUUUUGUUGUACAACGCAGUGGUUGGACAAAAGAUAUGGAUACUUUUCUUUCAUGGUUAUCAGGAAUAUCAUUUAGUGGCGGAGGCUUCAGUGAAGCUGCUAUUUGUGAAGGUCUUGCUGAAGCAUUGAUGAUACUCCAAGGCAGUCCCAGCAACAACCAGAAUCAUCAAAACCAUGAGUUACAAAAGCAUUGUGUACUUGUUGCUGCAAGUAAUCCUUACCCUCUGCCUACACCUGUCUACCGCCCUUUUGUUCAAAGUGGUGAUCACAAAAAGAACAAUGAAGUAACAAAGGAAUCAUGUCUUGCCGAUGCUGAGGCUGUUGCGAUCUCAUUUUCUCAGUGCUGUGUAUCGUUGUCGGUGGUAUCUCCUAAACAGCUUCCAACACUGAAGGCAAUAUACAAUGCGGGAAAGAGGAAUCCUCAAGCUUCUGAUCCAUCAGUUGAUCAUGUGAAAAAUCCGCAUUUCCUUGUUUUGCUGUCUGAGAGUUUCAUGGAGGCUCGAACUGCUCUAAGCCAUCCUUCACCUGGGAACCUGGUCCCAAACCAAAUCAUUACAAAAAUGGACAUUGCUCCUGCUGCUACUGUGCCAGGACCAACUUCAAAUGCCAAUCCCUCAGUGAAUGGAUCAAUGAUGGGCCGGCAACCAACUGCAAAUAUUAAAGUGGAGCCGACAAUUAUAACACCAAUGGUUUCUGCACCUGCAUUCUCGCAUAUGACACCUAUUUCAAAUGUUACUUCGCAAGGGGUAUCGGCACUACAAAGUUCUUCACCAUCUAUUAUUUCACAAGAAACAAAUGUUGCAAAUGAAAUUUUGCAAGAGCAUAAGCCUUUAGUAAACCCUAUCCAACAACAAGUUCGGCCUGGUGGCCCAGCAAAUGUCAGCAUCCUAAAUAAUCUGUCACAGCAUCGGCAUUCUUUAUCAGGAGCUACCUCAAUGGGACCUAACAUGGGGGCAACACCUAUACAAGUGCAUAUGUCAAACAUGAUAUCAAGUGGCAUGACGUCAACUCCCUCUGUCAUAUCUUCUAUGUCUGGAACAGUACAGCCAACUGGUGCGCAACAGUUGGUACAAAACACAGCUCUUGGUUCUUUUGGAUCGAACAAUUCUACUGUAUCUGGCAAUUCAAAUGUUGCUGUAUCAUCUUCUUUGGCCAACAUACAAAACAACAUUGCUACUGCACAAUCAGUUCCUCCUAUGGCACAAGGUGGUCUGAUGUCUGGUUCACAUGGUUCACAAUCUGGACAAGGUGGAAUUGGUACGAACCAAAAUAUGAUAAGCAGCCUUGGACCUACAGCUAUCUCUUCUGCACCUGCAAUGAUGCCAACACCAGGGAUGACCCAACAGGCAGGAGUAAAUUCUCUUAGUGUGAAUAACAGUUCUGCUAUGAAUAUGCCUAUGCCGCAGCAACCUAAUGGCCAGCAACAGUCCAAGUAUGUCAAAAUUUGGGAGGGAACUUUGUCUGGUCAAAGGCAAGGACAGCCUGUAUUUAUUUGUAAACUUGAAGGUUACAGGAGUGGGACAGCAUCUGACACUGUACCUAAGGAAAUUGAAGCUUUACUUUCUGUAUUCAGACUUGCUGCAGACUGGCCAGAAACAAUGCAGAUUGUGCGCCUCAUAGCCCAGGAGCAUAUGAACAAUAAGCAGUAUGUUGGCAAGGCAGACUUUCUAGUAUUCCGGACAUUGAAUCAGCAUGGGUUCCUUGGACAACUGCAAGAGAAGAAACUGUGUGCCGUGAUUCAGUUACCUUCACAAACUUUGCUGUUGUCAGUUUCUGAUAAAGCUGGGCGACUCAUUGGAAUGCUGUUCCCAGGGGAUAUGGUAGUAUUUAAACCACAGGUCUCAACCCAGCAGCCACAGAUGCAGCAACAGCAGCAGCUACAACAGCAGCACCACCCACUACACCAGCAGCAGCUACAACAAUUACAGCAGCAGCAACUACAACAGCAACACAUGCAAAUGCAGCCGCAAGGCCAACAACUUCAGCAGCAGCAGCAGAUUCAGCAACAAAUGCAACAGCAACAGCAACAACAACAACAGAUGCAGCAAAUGCAACACCAACAGCAGCAGCAGCAGCAAAUUCAACAGCAGCAACAGAUGCAGCAGCAACAGCAACAGAUGCAGCAAAUGCAGCAGCAGCAGCCUCAGCAACUCCAGCAGCAGCCGCAGAUGGUGGGUCCAGGGAUGGGGCAGCAGCAAUUCAUGCAGGGGCAUGGUCGGGCGGUGCAGAUGAUGCAAGGAAAGAUCGCGCCACAGGGACCAGGCAGCAUGUCUGGGGGAGGCUACCUAUCUUGAACUAUCUCAUAGUAGCAGAACAUCAGCUGAGCAAGCAAACUCACGACACUUGACGAGCUUCAUGCGGCUCCGCAUGCAAGGCUGCUUGCCCAGCUUGCUGAAGAUUUCGUUAAAGUUACCCACAAAUUUAGUUUUUGUUUGACAUGUUUAUGUACAGAGCGUUCGUCCUUACCCUCGUGCCUAGCCUGUAGCUAAUGCAUUCAUCAUCUAUUGUAUGGAAUAGUAGAGGAUUGAUAUAACCCUUGAACCAAAGAAUUGCUUAACAUAAUUUUGGACUGCUUUCGUUGUCUUUUUUUUA